AUGUCCACCUUGACUCUUGCGGUGGCUGAUUACUUCAAGCAAGAGCCGCAGCAGGCUGCAAACAUCAACCAGAAGUUGAAUGGAUUGAACCAACCAAAAGCUCAGCAGCUCCAAACUCAGCUGCUGCUGAUGCUGGAUCAUGACCGGCUCGUCCAAGGCAGGGACCUUCUUUCGCUGUCGGCGCCUCCGAUGUUGCCGAAAACAUCACCGGCAGUUGCCAUUCCACAAAAACUCAAUUUGUCAUACACGACGUCUUCGUUUUCAAAGCUGGCGCCAGACCUUACUUCGUGGCUGGAUAACCACGACGACGAGGUGGAUCCCUUGACCAAAGAUAGCGAUGUGGCGGUGAAGCUCGAUAUUGGUGAGAUUCCCGACAGUGCGGUGGCUCCGUUGAAAGAGAGCGCAGCACCUAAAAUUGAGAUUAAAAGCCCAUCUGCUGAAGACGCUUUUUCUACAAAGACAGAGCCCGUGGUUCCUAAAGUAGAGCCCGUCAUUGACACUAUCGUCGCCGAGGAAGUCUCAGACAAGCCUCGCUCUGCAUCAGACACCAUGCCUCCGUUGCGCAAACUCAAGCUGUCGUUAAAGCUUCCCCAGCUUCACAAGUCUAGCCUGACGUCACUGCUCUCGCCAAAACUGGUGAGGUUUGCCAGCCGCCUCGAGAAUGUGAAGCAUUUCAAAGGCAAGGACUCGCCCCUGGCAGUCUCCGCUCAGAACACUCCUCUUGGCUCGCCUUCCUUCUGCGACUUUGAUGUGGCCGACUACUUCUCCAAUAACAGCAACUUCACCGACUUGCAACUCGAUCUGGAGGACUCCGACUCGGACCUGGAGUCCUUCUUCAAGGUGCUCCAGCACCGCUACAAAAUCAGCUUCACGAACUUCACUCCUCCUCAAAACAUUUACGACAAGCUCCUGUGCCCUGUUUAUUUGCACAAGGCAGUCAUGUCUGCCGACAAGAAGCUGAUGGUACUCACGGUGAUGUGCGAGAAUUUGGCAUACGAGAAGAAUCUCAGCGUCAAAAUCACCUUCAACAACUGGCACUCCACUGUCAUUUACAACAAUGCCACUUACGUGAAGUCGUUUUCAUCAUUGAAUUUUGACCAAUUCAAGUUUACCAUCCCGCUCACGCUGCUUCCCAGUGCCAUCAACGCCCAGUUUUGCAUCAAAUACUCUGUGGCCGGAUCCACCUACUGGGACAACAAUAAUAGUAAGAACUACUCCGUCACAUUGACCUCUAGCGACAAACCCUCGCCUAAGCAAAGGAGCAAGCCCAAAAUUUCCCUGAGCACUUUCGAAUACAAACCACCUGCUUUCUCGCAAGAUUCUCAUCUGGCCGAGAGACCUGCCAGUGACGCCUUCGCUCCUUCUAAAAGCUCUGUCCCUUACUCAGAAUUGGUUACUAAACUCAUGCAUGUAAAGAUGGACGAGCACAAGAAGCGCAUUCCAUUAUUGAAGUCAAACUCGACCUCCAACGUCGUUUCAACACCACCUCCAAAGCAAUCUCUGCAGGUUAGACCCAAAUACUCAAGGUCGUUCAUUUCGAGAACUGCAUCACAAGAUUCCAAUAGUGGUUCUGUCACUUCACCACAAAAGACAUCGCUAGUCAAGAAGGACGAACCAUCGGUCAUUUCACCUUCCAAGACUGCUUCGUCGUUGCCAGAGAAGGCUCUGGAGACUGAUCCUUUCACACCUCGCUCCGUGGGCGCUUUCCACGAGACGCAAUUCAAUUCAAACACAUAUGCUGCCUUAUUGCGCACCUAUUGUUUCAGUGGCACCCCAUCAGCCAACAAUUCUGUUGCAAACUCUCCCACUGGGUCAGAAAGCUCCUUGACGUCGUACUACGAUUGUGCUUCCCCUGCAUCUACUUUCCACUCAUUGAGUGAUUCUAUCCACAUUUAA